CACGCGGUUGUGUUGCUACGCGAAAUGGCGGUUUGAGAGAAGCUCGUUCAAAUCGCCGCCGUGCUUCUUGUGAUGCCACCUGACGUCACGCGUAACCCGUGAAAGCUUCCCCGGCCUGACCUCUUCUUCCUUCGCGCGCACACUUUGGACUCGAGCCGGCACCCAAGUAUAUAUAAGACGCAGGUGCGAUGGCGAAGCGGAUCGCGGACAAAGAACUGACGGACCGGAACUGGGACCAGGAGGAAGAGGGCGAGGAGGCCGGUACCUUCUCCGUGGCCACGGAAGACGUGAUGAAAAACCGCGCCAUCAAGAAGGCCAAGCGGCGGAACGUUGCCGCUGAGGGUGAGGCUGGCGGCGGGGCCUUCAAAGGGUUCAAAGGUUUCUCGAUGAGCGCUUCCUUUGCGCCGUCGUCCUUCUCAACCUUCGGCAAUGGCGCCGGCCCGCGAGGCUUGAGCGCGCUGACGAACGGGAGCGCCGGCGCCGUCUUGCCGCCGCCCGUGGCCACGAGUGCACCUGGGCUGACAUUCAACGGCUCCGCCUCCUCCGCCGGCAAGGAGUACACCCGGCAGCUGACGGCUCUCAACUGUUCCGUCCGCGACUGGAUCAGCAAACACGUGGAUGACAACCCGCUGUGCGACCUGCAGCCCAUCUUCCGCGACUACGAGCGCCACUUGGCCGCCAUCGAGCGGCAGUACGGCGCGACGGCGGCCACCGAAGACAAAGCCUCGCUUCCCGCUGCCUUUUCCUUCAAGGGCAAGGCGGACGGGUCGCCCGCCGCCACGUUCAACUUCGGUCAGAAGGCGGACGGCUCGGUCCAGAAGACCGCCACGGCAACGUUUUCCUUGAUCGCAAGCGCGUCGCCAUCCUUGGCCAAGGCGGACCGCCCGGCAACUUCAGAGGAGACCGCCGGCGACGAGGCGUACGAGCCGCCCCAACCCGACGUCAGAGAGAUUAAGGAGGACGACGCCUUCUACUCCAAAAAGUGUAAGCUCUUCUACAGGAAGGACGACGAGUACAAGGAGAAAGGCGUGGGCACGCUGCACCUCAAACACGCGGCGGGCGGCAAAACGCAGAUGAUCAUCAGGGCCGACACCAAUCUGGGAAACAUCCUCCUCAACAUCCUGCUGUCGGCCGACAUGAAGUGCUCGCGCGCCGGCAAGAACAACGUGGUGGUGAUGUGCGUGCCCAACCCGCCCGUCGACGCUCAGAACCCGGGCGCCCCCGUGCCCCUCCUCCUCCGCGUCAAGACCGCCGACGACGCCGACCAGCUGCACCGCACUCUGGAAGAGAGGAAGGGCUGAGGCAGACACGAGACAGACAGACAGACACUUGUUGGCUUUUGGCAGACGUUGAGCUGCGACGUGGCCUCCAGCGGUUAUUCCACCUUUGACUUGCCCUCUUUUAUUUUCCUGCUGAGCUGACCCACAAGGAGCGACUUUUUUUUUUCCCCCUCUUCUCUUCAACGUGGACUCUGACAGACUUGUUUGGUUGUUUUUUUUUCUCCCCAAAGUGGCCUUGGCAGCGCCCCCGCCCCUUCCCCCAGACACCUGUUGGGAAUAAAUGGAGAUAAGAA